CCGUUUAAAUCAUUGAAUACACAUGUGAAAUACUGUGUGAGAAUUUAAAGGAAUUGUAUACUUUAUAGCUGCAAGUACAAAAUUAUGUCCAUGAUGUGACCUUUUAAAUCACACGUAAUUUAAAAAAUUAAUCAUUUGUAACAAAAAGGAGAUGACUAUGCAUUCAAAUAUUUACAGUUUUACCUACAUAGUACAAAUAUAGGUGUUUUCAUUUUUACUUCUCCACCUUUGUCACAGUAUUUUAUCAUUAGGGGGGAAAAUCAGGAAAGAGUAGAUAAGAGAUCGGGGCUUAAGUGAUUAAAGUAAAUAUGUGAGUUGGACAGGACGUCCCAGACCCUGCCUGUCCGGCCUGUCACCAGACACUCAAGCUGCUAUCAGGAGCACUUUAUUCUGUCAAAGUGACUGGCUUUUGUCACCGAAUUCCGGGUUAUAAAGAGAGGGUAGAAGGGUUCCCGAGCAGCGAGCAGAGCCAGCCCACUUCCUGACAGAGUUGGUGGGCAGGGGCUCGCCCUGCAGCCCGUUUCACAUGGGGAACACCAUCCGGGCCCUCGUGGCUUUCAUCCCCAGCGACCGCUGCCAGAGUUAUGUGGUGGGAGACCUCCGGGAGAUGCCCCUGGACAGGAUGGUGGAUCUGAGCGGGAGCCAGCUGCGUCGCUUCCCACUGCACGUGUGCUCCUUCACGGAGCUGGUGAAGCUCUACCUCAGCGACAACCACCUUCACAGCCUGCCUCCCGACCUGGCACAGCUGCAGAACCUGCAGAUCCUGGCCUUGGAUUUCAACAACUUCAAAGCUCUCCCCCGGGUGGUAUGUACCUUGAAACAGCUCUGCAUCCUCUACCUGGGCAAUAACAAACUCUGUGACCUCCCGGAUGAGCUCAGCCUGCUCCAGAACCUACGGACCCUGUGGCUCGAGUCCAACUGCCUCACCCGGCUGCCCGAUGUGGUGUGUGAGCUGAGUCUCCUUAAAACCCUGCAUGCCGGUUCCAACGCCUUACGUCUGCUGCCCGGCCAGCUCAGGCGCCUGCGCGAGCUCAGGACCAUCUGGCUCUCUGGCAAUCAGCUAGCUGACUUCCCCUCGGUACUGCUUCGCAUGCCCUUUCUGGAGGUGAUCGACGUGGAUCGCAACAGUAUCCGCUACUUCCCCAGCCUGGACCACUUGACAAAUCUGAAGCUGGUCAUCUAUGACCACAAUCCUUGCAGAAAUGCCCCCAAGGUGGGCAAAGGGGUUCGCCGUGUUGGGAGAUGGGCAGAGGAGACACCAGAGCCUGACCCCAGAAAAGCUAGGCGGUACGCACUGGCCAAGGAAGAGAAUCAAGAGCCACCUCCUCCCCUUCUUCCUUCCAGCUCUUGAGCAGCUGCAGUUGAAGGCCAAUUCAAAGGUUACCCAACUGCUCCGAAGGCAUCUCAUGAGAGAGGAAGGGAUGGUCCUGGCUCAUCCCAGGGCUGAUGGAGAGCCAGGUGAGAUGCUGUAAAGGAAUAGGGCGAAGAAAACAUUUCCAGCCCCCAGCACCUCUUCCUAGCGGAAGGUGUGUGCUGUUGCUGGCCUGGAAUCCAGGGUGACUGUCACUCCUGUGCCAGAAGCAGCUCCUUCACACGGGCUAUUUUGAAACACCAAAGAGCAAGACCGGCCACAGCGCGCUUCCACCACGCAGAACUAGCUGGUCACAAGGCUGGUGAGUGCUUCAAAGACUGUAUUUGCUAAAAUAAAGAAAACAAGCUGCUCAGUGGUCUGACUCUAGCUCGCAUACAUGCCUCUUUCCUUCCCGUGAACUUCUGCAUAGUACCAAUGUACUGCUGUUACUAAUUUGGUUCCUGAAAGGGACAACUCUACCUACUCAGUCUUGAUUCGAAGGAAAAUAAAAAAACAAAGCUGUGGUCACACAGCCUGAGCCCCACCCCCCCAUCCUACCCCCACCCCCGGGCGCACUUUAGCCCCUGCUGUAAACGCUACAAAGAAGCCUUUCCCUGAAGCUCUGCCUCCCAACUUCCCAGUGGUUCAAGCCGGUUCCAUUCAUUUUCCCAUAAGGUUUGACCUAAAGUCCGCUCAGUUUACUGUCAUCUGAAAAGCCAAGCCUUUUUUUCCUCUAGACAGCCUCCUGAUUCCUAGGGUGAGGGGCAGGCUGCCCCCCAGAACAGAGCCAUGCCUCCCGAGAGUCACACUUUGUUAAAGGUAGACCGUAAAAAUCAGCUCACCUAAAACAAGUGUCUGAGUUUGAAGUGGAGGUCUCAGCUUUUAUCUUGGCCUUUUUUUUUAUCAUAAUUUGUUCGGGUUUUUUUGUUUGUUUGUUUGUUUUUUUGUUUUUUUUUUGUUU